AAAUGCUGGUGCAGAUUUUUUUUUUCCUAUCAGUCUAACCUUCUGUGUUGAUGCAUGAAUGCUGGUACCCACUUACAGGGAUGCCAGAUGAUCAGUGCAGAAUGAAGGUCCCAAGAGAGAAGAUCACAUGGUUCUCUCUGCCCUGUGACGUCACUAGCAGAUGGCAUGGGUACCAGCUCUGGCAGUUGGCAUCAAUGUCACUUUUUAGAGAUCAAUGAGAUAGUGCAGAUAUACACAGAUCUAGAGACUCCAGGAGACGUUGCGACACUCAGCCUGAAAGAUCUGGAAGACCCAAAAUGAAAACUGAUUAUUGAAUGAAAUUAAAACCUAAGGUAAUUUAAGAUUAGAGAACAUGUUAACACUACCGUUUGAUGAGUCUGUUGUAAUGCCAGAGUCCCAGAUGUGCAGAAAGUUUCCUAGAGAAUGUGAGGGCCAGAAGCAGAUUAAGAAACCGGAGAGCUUUUCCAAACAAAUUGUCCUUCGAGGAAAGAGCAUCAAGCGAGCCCCUGGAGAAGAAACAGAGAAAGAAGAAGAGGAGGAAGACAGGGAAGAGGAAGAUGAAGACGGGCUUCCCAGAAGGCGAGGUCUCAGGAAAAAAAAGACCAGCAAGCUGAGGCUGGAGAGGGUCAAGUUCAGGAGACAAGAGGCCAACGCCAGAGAGAGGAACCGGAUGCACGGGCUCAAUGACGCUCUGGACAAUUUAAGGAAAGUGGUUCCCUGUUAUUCUAAAACCCAAAAACUGUCCAAAAUAGAAACUUUACGACUAGCCAAAAACUACAUCUGGGCACUUUCUGAAAUUCUGAGAAUCGGCAAGAGACCUGACCUGCUCACGUUUGUCCAAAACUUAUGCAAAGGUCUUUCCCAGCCAACGACAAACUUGGUGGCAGGCUGUUUGCAGCUCAAUGCCAGGAGUUUCUUGAUGGGUCAGGGUGGGGAGGCUGCACACCACACAAGGCCACCCUACUCUACUUUCUACCCGCCCUACCACAGCCCUGAGCUCACCACCCCCCCAGGGCCUGGGGCUCUUGAUAAUUCCAAGUCCAUGAAGCCCUACAAUUAUUGCAGUGCGUACGAAUCCUUCUAUGAAAGCACUUCCCCCGAGUGUGCCAGUCCUCAGUUUGAAGGUCCCCUCAGUCCUCCCCCAAUUAACUAUAAUGGGAUAUUUUCCCUGAAGCAAGAAGAAGCCUUGGACUAUGGCAAAAAUUACAAUUAUGGCAUGCAUUACUGUGCAGUGCCACCCAGGGGUCCCCUUGGGCAGGGUGCUAUGUUCAGGUUACCCACCGACAGUCACUUCCCUUACGACUUACAUCUGCGCAGCCAAUCUCUCACCAUGCAAGAUGAAUUAAAUGCAGUUUUUCAUAAUUAAUGAGGAAAAUGAAAAUAAACAGUGGUCAUUCACCUCCCCCGUCUAAUUAAGACAAAGCAGAUGCUUGUGGGCUGAGUAAUUGGCACAACUCUAUCUAAGGUGUUUCCUAGUUUCUGAGGUGUGUUUCGACUAUGGUGGGAGUUUUCUAUGUAAUAAUAAAUCCCUUUUCGUAUGAGAAAAUUUUUUUCCUUGCCUUUUGUCUGUAAAGCACUGUGAUUUUGUUCCUACUGGGAGCAUUUCUUUUUCUUGUUUUAUUUUGUUUUACAUCUCUUAACCUAUUUGAACAAGGUGUCUAUAAUAUACUGAAUAAAGAAAUACAGCAUCAGUCUAUCUCAGUUGUACAGUGAUUAUAAAAUGCAUGUUAUUAAAGCAGGAUGAAUAAAAUGAUGUGUUUAUAAUUAUUAGGAAUCAUAUAUUAUGUAUCUCUGAAAAUUAAGAAAUCGAGAGUUUUAACACUGAUAUUUCCAAUGAUAUUGGAAAAUGAGUUUGAGGAUAGCAACAAUAUAAAAAAACUAUGCAAUUUUAUUUUUAUUAAGGGUUGAUCUAAAUGCUUUCAUUUGGUAACUAUCCUCAAGUAUUUACGGAUGGGGCAACAUGGUAUAUGGGAACAUUUACUUCAGUCAUAAAAAAAUUCAACAUUUGUUUUGUAUUAUGCAGAAAUGAUCUGUACAGGUCUGUUAUCACAAUGCAUAAUUGUGUUUUUCCACCCCACAUUUUUAAAGCAAUUAAACAUAGAUAUUUCCACUCGUCAAGGA